UUUGCCACUUGAUGGGGGGUUAUGAAAGACAAACUGUGAGAGAGAGGAAGUUGAGGUGUCAAUGCUCUGCCUCCUAAAGUUUGUCUCACAGUCUUAAGGUCAUGACAUACCCAUGUGUGUGUAAGGGAGUGUCGGGGCUGAGAUUGUUAAGCGUAAUGAGCGUUAAUGUGUUUACGAGUGGACAGGUGCGCCACGCUAGGGACCAGUAGCAGUACAGACACACUUAGAUGAUAUCAGUGGCAAUGAGUGUUUUUUUUAUUUAUGCUGUGGAACAGCGAACUGUGCUAAAGCUAAAUGUGUUUACUGUGCUCUUUAACUGCAAACUGAAACUUUAACACCUCACUUGUAACACAUCAGUGCUAAAUACCUGUUCAGUUGGUGCUAUGCGUACGAUUAAGAUAUAUCGUUUUAAGUCAAAAUACGGACUGUAAAGUUGUCUGUCAUUUUUAUUCAUCUAAAGACUCUUAGCUGAGGAAGUCCUUUUUAAGGCGGUCUGCAUUAUACCAUGAUUGUGUAAUUGUGGGAAGCAUGAGUAGCUUUGUGGUCUCCAUUGUGAUACGCAGUGCUUUACACUGACACCAAGAUACAGGACCUCAGGCUUAUGAAGAGGUCAACAGUCCAUGUGACGUCUCAUGGAAAACUGACUUCUUGCGGUGUGAAAUUAUUCCUAGCAGUAUUAAAGCCUACAUGUUAAUUUCUACUUAUUCCAUUUCACCUCAUGUGUCACGCAGUAGUGUGCGGGUCACAUUUUUGUCCCAUUAAACACCAUUAUACCAUAUAACACCCUCUGGUUCCCAUCCGGUAUAUUGCUUAAGAUGUGUCAUACCUGACCAUACCCACGCUUAUUUCACUCCUUCUCAAUCACGUACACUCACAUGUUCACUCACAUGCAUACUCCGAUGGUUUAGGUCACGUAUGAAGGAUGUGAUCAGACCAGGAGACCAGUAAAGAUAAAUGAACCUUCUACUCAGUUUCUGAAUCAUUUCAACCAAACAGCGUACUAGUACACACCAUGGAUGCUGAGUUGGGAGUCGGGUUGUUGGUCGUGGCAGUAGGAUGUUACAUCUUAUGCUCUCUGUAUCUGCUGCGUAACCCACUUGUUCUCCACAAGAAGAAACGUUUAGCCUUUUACAGCAGACACAUUUCUCACAGAGGCGGUGCGGGUGAGAGGAUAGAAAACACUAUCGAGGCUUUUACACAUGCAGUGGAUGUGGGAACUGAGAUGUUCGAACUGGACUGUCAUUUAACUCGAGAUGGUUAUGUUGUGGUGUGCCAUGACAAAUACCUUGAAAGACAGACAGGAUCUGAUGUGGACAUCUCUUUGGUCAAAUUUCAGGACUUGCCACUCUAUAGAGAGAAGCUUGAGGUCACAUUCAGUGUUGGGCAUUUCGGUACGGGACAGGACCGGAGAAUCGCCCUGCUGGAGGAUGUCUUCAAGAAAUUCCCCCACAUGCCAAUCAACAUCGAGGUUAAACAAAACAAUGAUCUGCUCAUACAAAAGGUCUCCGCCCUGGUGAAAAAGUACGACAGGGACAACAUCACUGUCUGGGCCUCUGAUGACUCUCACAUCAUGGCAAAAUGCAGGAAACAGAAUCCCUACAUGCCAUACAGCUUCACCAUGAGACGAGGAAUCCUUCUUCUAGCGCUCUACUACACUGGCCUUCUGCCCUUCUGUCCUCUGGGAGAAAGUCUAUUGCAGUUCUACCUGCCCAGAGUAAUAAACAGGGGUUAUAUUCCAGAGGAGUCUUAUCUUAAGAAAAGAUUUAUGGUCUCUCUCAUUGAAAAGCUGACUAUGAGAAAGUCUUUGUUUGAGCACUUGGUGAAGCGAGGCAUGCAGGUGCAGUUGUUUGUGUGUAACACAGAGAAGGACAUGGCUGCGGCUUUCGCAUUCGGCGCUACAGGAGUGAUGUCCGAUUAUCCCACCAUGCUAUCCGACUACCUACAGAAACAUCCCGCCAUUUAAGUUUAAG